AUGACUCGAAUCACUGCUGUAAUCUUUCUGCUUUUGAGUGUUAUUGGAAUCGAUGCAGUAGAGCUCUACCAUGCUUCACAAGUCUCUAAUGUAACUCGCUUGGAAAAGCGUUCCCAAGUGAUGGAAGUUGAGAAGUUCAAAUGCAACGAAGCGACAUACAAGGAAGUCACUUUAUACGACUUUAUCUACACGCAUCACUGUUUUCCAAUGGGAUGGGGAGGCUUCUUAGAAAAAGUUCGCGAAGAAAUCAUGAUAAACGUAUCUCCGAAGCUAGUUGAAGAUGCUCAAAAUUUUCCAAUCGAACCACCUAUGCCCGACGUGUUUAAUGCCUUCAAAGUCAGCCACAACAAGGUAAGAGCUGUCAUUUUAGGCCAGGAUCCAACUCCUCAAGCUGGCAAAGCAACAGGCCUGGCGUUCAGCCUGAAUCCAGACGUUGAUCCAAGUGAAGUACCAAGUGUGUUCAACAUGCUCGUGGAGUUGAAGUGGGAAGGAUUCCCUGUGGGCUUGUCCAAUGGUGAUCUAACGCCCUGGUUAGAUCAGGGAGUCUUGCUGUUGAACUCAGCGUUAACAGUCCGACAAGGGCAAGCAAAUUCCCAUGAAGCAAUUUGGGCAGAGUUCACGAAAUCUCUAGUAGACUAUGUCAACAAAGCUUGCGAUUCAACAGCCUGGCUUCUCUGGGGAAACAAGGCAAAGAAUUUCGCAUAUUACAUCAACCCAACGAAGCAUUUAAUCAAGGCUGGAGCCCAUCCAAGGUUCACUACAGGCUUCUAUGGCAGGAAUUACUUCCAUUGUGCCAAUGAAUUCUUGCAGUCAAAAAAACGUGGUCAAAUAGACUGGAGAUUAUCUGAAAAACCGGGGUCUUUUGCCAAGUUAAUAGAGAGUUGCGAGGCCCACGGACUCGGCUAAUAAGAUAUGCGUGACCUGGAGUGAUUUUCUGUUUACAUGAAAAUUAUCAUUCCAGUAGCAUAUCAAGCUUUCAUUUUGCCAAAAUUAUUAUUUCUUGACGUAACUAAGAGAGAAUAUUGUAAUAUCGCAUAACUCAUGGAAAAAUCUCAUAAGGCUCACAGAAACUCGACAGGACCAGCAGAUAUUUGCUGUAACACUCAGAACCAACCCAGAGCGAUCCCCUACACUUCCUAGUACACGGUAGCGCUGUAAGAGUCUACUCAAUAAAUCUC